AGUCCCAAAGACAGCCAGACAGCCAGCCAGACGGAGAAGGGAGGAUUUCUACAAAGUCUUUUUGGAGGAAACGCCGCCAGAAGCCACUUCCUGCCAACUUGCGGGGCAGCGCGCCUGGAGCCCCGAGCCCCGAACUUUCCCCGCGCCGCCUCGGACUCCGCGCGGCAGGAGCGCUUCUCUUUCGGGGCCGCGCCAAACGGUGGGUUGUAUUGGAGGAAAGCUUGGUUGGAGCCGAGGAUUCGGCGCUUUAGUUUCUGCCAGCCCGGGAGAGGCGCGAGGUGGGAAGGAGGAGGAGAAGCAGCUCCUAAAGCGCCGCUGCCGUCUCCGCUUCCCCCCUUUUUAAAAUUUUGUGGAAAGAUAAGUGAAGGAAACAAGCUCUUCUGGUAGCGGCUAAACCGAAGCCUCCGAGCUGAAAUGAUCUGCUUGGAGUCGGCUUAGCUGCAAAAGAGGCGGCCAGCUCUGACGCUCACCUAAAACCGCCUUCACGACUUGGUUUUGUCUGCAACGUCUACCAAGGACAGUGUAAACAGAUUAACAGAGUUGGAAGGGACCUUGCAGGUCAUCUAGUCCAACCCCCUUCCCAAGCAGGAGACCCUACAUCUGCCUUUACCUAGGAUCGAACUCACAACCUCCUGAUUGUAAUGUUGAACUGAAUGAGCCGUUCCCCAAUUAGGAGCCCUUCAGGAAUAUUGUACUACAAAUCCCAUAUGUCAGCCAGCAGAAUGGGAGUUGCAAUACAGUCUAUCCGGAAACCGACCCGGGUUGGACGCGCAGUUAACUUUUAACCUUGAAGUACUGAAGUUCUCGAGCAAAACGAUCUCAGUUCCCUACGAAUUGGAAGGCUCUUUUUUUCGUUUUUAAAUAAAACAAUUUUUCUUGAUUUUGAAGAUUAAAAAAAUGGAAACAUUUCAUUUUUGGAUAAUCUUGGCACUUUUUGUAACUGGAUCUGUCAUCAGUGAAGGUUCGGAAAGAGACUUUUUCCAGCUGAAUGAUUCUGGAACCUCUGCCACAAAAUUGGAAGAUAAAUUAAUUACUCUUGCCCAUCAGCCCAACACUAACAACAGUCGCUGUGCAAGGCGUCCCACAAUAGCUAAUACUUUUAAACAUAUUAAUACAGUAAUUUCUUGUGCAGUAUUCAUCAUUGGCUUGUUGGAAAAUGCAACUCUCCUGCGGAUAAUCUACCAGAACAAAUGUAGGAAUGGACCUAAUGCAUUGAUAGCCAGUCUGGCCUUGGGAGAUCUCAUCUACAUCAUCAUUAUUCCUAUCCACGUAUAUAAGAUUCAAUUUCCACAAAAAUUUGGGAAGACACCUUUUGAACACUUUCUUUGCCAUGUUAUUCCUUUUAUUCAGAAGGGAUCUGUGGGGGUCACUGUUCUUAAUCUCUGUGCCCUAAGUGUGGACAGGUACCGAGCAGUUGCUUCCUGGAGUCGUGUUCAAGGAAUUGGUGUUCCCUUGAUCACUGCCAUUGAAAUUUUUUGUAUUUGGAUUAUUUCCUUCAUCCUGGCUAUUCCAGAAGCAAUUGGUUUCACCCUUGUUGAUUAUGUUGGAAAUGAAGAGGAGUUGAAAGCCUGUAUGCUAAUACCACACAACAGCUUCUUGAAAUUUUACAUUGACGUAAAACAUUGGUGGCUCUUUGGUUUCUACUUCUGUAUGCCACUUGCCUGCACGGCCUUCUUUUAUACCCUGAUGACGUGUGAAAUGUUGAACAGGAGGAAGAGUAAUUUGAGAAUUGCUCUCAGUGAACAUCUUAAGCAGCGCCGAGAAGUUGCUAAAACGGUUUUCUGUUUAGUUGUGAUUUUUGCUCUUUGCUGGUUUCCUAUGCAUCUAGGCCAAAUACUGAAAAAAACAAUGGAAGACCCACAGGACCCCAAGAGAUGUGAAUUCUACAGCUUUUUGUUGGCUUUCGAUUAUAUCAGCAUUAAUCUAGCAACCAUCAAUUCCUGCAUAAAUCCUAUAGCACUCUACUUUGUGAGCAAGAAGUUCAAAAACUGUUUCCAGUCAUGCCUCUGCUGUAUUUGUCAUCGGACAGGAAGUCAGAUAUCCUCUGUCCCCAUGAAUGGGACCAGCAUUCAGUGGAAAACUAAUGAACUAAAUAACCACAAUACAGAACGGAGCAUCCACAAAGACAGCUUAAAUUGAGAUUCAGCAAAGACUGUGCUUCUGAAUCUAAGGAAAAGACAACAAAUACAAUAUCUACGAUUGAACCAACUUAUUUAUUUGGAAGCUCUGUGCUCUAGCACUUAAUUCCAGAGAUAAGCAGAAAGAACAGAUGUGCAUAAAAGGAUUCCAAAUGGUUCUUUUUCUUAUAAAGAAAUUCACUUUUGGCAGAAACUAGAAGAAUCGGCUGGGAACUCUGCAAAGUGUUCACAGAUUUCAGCCAGAACAUCUAGCUGUAUGUUAUGUUGCAUAUUCUGAUAUAUCAUUUUAAUUUUAAAUGAAUUAUCUUGAAUGUCAAGAAUCGUCAAGAAAACAUGGGACCUGUAUCUAUAAUAAUAGCAUUCUUUUGUCAGAAAAUAUUUUAGUUAAUCUAUAGGUAAUCCUCAAUUUAUAACUAUAAUAGGGACUGGAAAAUUUGUUAAGUGCUGCUCUUCCAUAACAUGCAACCACAGUUUUGGUUGCAUAUUGGUAAAAAGUUAUGUAAGUUUACAUGAAAAUACCAAGCAAAUGUCUUCACUUUUAGAAAAGAACUUCAGCUUGAGAAUCAUAUUCUGCUUCUUAAAAAGUUGUGCAGUAUUGAACCAUUUCUUAAGGCAGCACAACAUCUUACUUUUGGGUUUAUGGAUGUCUACCCUGUUUCCCUGAAAAUAAGAUCUCCCCAAAUAAUAAUCCCGAUCGGGCUUUUGAGCGCAUGUGCUAA